CCUUCCUUGAAUUUGUGUCACCAUGAAUUUCAUUCUAGUUUUCAUCUUCAUUCUCCUUAUAUUUCUCUUGAAACUUCUACACACUAUCUUAUGGAUACCAUUUAAAGUUCAAAACCACUUCCUUAAGCAAGGAAUAGGAGGCCCCGGCUACCGUCCGAUCUUCGGGAACACAAGGGAAGCCAGUCGUCUGUUCGAGGAAGCUUUGUCAAAGCCAAUUCCUUUGGACCGCCACGAUAUUGUCCCGCGUGCGUGUCCAAAUUAUCAAAGGUGGUCAGGCAUGUAUGGGAAAACUUUCCUGUAUUGGCAGGGACUUGUUCCUAUGUUGACCAUCGCUGACCCGGUCCUAGUGAAGGAGGUGUUUAUGAAUACGGGCGGGUCAUUCGAGAAGCGGAAAUCGGAUCCUCUGGCUAAGCAGCUUAUGGGAGAUGGACUUACGGAGCUCCAGGGAGAGAAAUGGGCCAUCCAUAGGAGAAUUACUAGCCUGGCUUUGAACAUGGAGCAAGUUAAGGGUUGGGUGCCAACUAUGGUGGCAAGUACCAUGAACAUGCUUGAUAGUUGGGACGCAAGAAGAGGAGAAAGAAUAAAAUUCGAGCUGGAAGUGCACAAAGAGCUUCAUAAUCUCUCUGCAGAUAUUAUUUCAAGAACAAUCUUUGGGAGUAGCAUGGAAGAAGGAAAGAAUAUUUUUAUGUUACAAGAACGACAAAUGCACCUCACUCUAUUAGCUUUACAGGGUUUCUAUGUUCCAGGGUUUAGGUUUUUACCUACCAAGAAUAACAGAGAGAGAUGGAGGUUAGAGAAAGAAGUGCGUGAGUCGAUACGAGAGUUGAUUGAGAAGAACAAAAAGGAAGGAGACAAAUCUAGAAAUUUACUUGAUUUGUUGACAUCUUCUUAUAAGAACCAGGGUGGCAUGGAAGAGAAGUUAGAGAUGGAUGAAAUAAUAGAUGAAUGUAAGACAUUUUACUUUGCAGGAAAGGAAACAAGUGCAAAUACAAUGACUUGGGCACUCAUACUCCUUGCAAUGCAUCAAGAAUGGCAAACGAAGGCUCGCGAAGAAGUGAUUCGUGUAUGUGGGGAUAAACUGCCCCCUUCUGCAAUGAAUCUCAAUGAACUUAAUCUUAUAAGCAUGGUUAUAAGCGAGACGCUUCGACUUUACACUCCAACGACAAUGAUAGGAAGGAAAACAAACAAGAAUCUAAAACUCGGGGACAUUGACGUUCCCGUUGGGAUGACAAUAGUUCUGACAAUCAUUGCAUCUCAUCUCGACAAAGAGAUUUGGGGAGAAGACGCUGAACAGUUUAAUCCGAUGAGAUUCAGCGAACCUCGGAAGCAUUUAUCUUCAUUGUUUCCAUGGGGUCUAGGCCCGAGAAUCUGCGCUGGACAAAAUCUAGCUCUCGUCGAAAUGAAAAUCGUUCUAGCGAUAAUUCUUCGACGAUAUUGUUUCGUGUUAUCACCCACAUAUGUUCAUGCCCCACUUCAGUCAUUAACCUUGCAGCCUCAACAUGGGGCACAGCUUGUCUUUACCAAGGUUUGAAUUUGGAUACAAGUGGAGUACUUUAUUUAGUAGGGUUUCUUUUUAAAAUGUAA